CCUGAUGAGAAACGAGGGAUUCUGCCGUGUUCUUUUUAAGUAAUUAUGCAAUUUUACCUGGCGAAACUACUUAUUGUAGAUUUUGUUGGUGAUCCUUGUAUAAGUGUGCAUCGACAUCAUCGUGAAGGUCUCCUUUCCAUAGCUGUAUUUCUUUGGAUCCAAUAGCUGACUUCGAACCGUGCGAUCGGAAGCAGGUACGACCGUUUAUCUAAAAUGCAAAAAUAUGUGAAACUAAGUAAAAUCGGCGAAGGCACUUACGGCGUCGUGUACAAAGGACAAGAUACGAGCAACCGAAAUCGAAUCGUGGCUCUGAAGAAGAUUCAAAUGGAGGCUGAUGGCGAGGGAAUUCCGAGUACAGCGCUGCGCGAAAUGGCUUUACUCGUUGAAUUGGAUCAUCCGAACGUUGUGCGUUUGCACGAAAUCGUUCCGGCGGGACACGAUUUUUACCUGGUUUUUGAAUACAUGGAUAUGGACUUGAGAAAGUAUUUGCACAAUCACCCACAGGGACUUUCGUCAGACGUGAUCAGGAACCUCAUGGAACAGCUCUUGAAAGGGUUGAAUUAUUGCCAUCUUCGACGCAUUGUGCACCGUGAUCUCAAGCCUCAGAACAUCUUGGUCUCAAAUGAGGGUUGUCUAAAGAUAGCAGAUUUCGGUCUUGCGCGAACGAUGGGCAUUCCAAACAAACCAUACACUCAUGAAGUCGUGACCUUGUGGUAUCGCGCUCCCGAAAUUCUACUGAAUUUCAAGUACUACACGUCAGCCUUGGAUAUUUGGUCCACAGGAUGUAUCUUUGCCGAAGUGGUACUGUUCCGCUCAAACAACAAACCAUUGUUGAACGGUGAUGCGGAAAUCGAUCAGCAAUGCCGUAUGUUCAAAGCUUUCGGAACACCUACUGCUAAAGUGUGGCCUGCGUUGAAAUCGCAUCACGUGUCAAUUGCCAAGCUUCCGUUUUGGGAUACUCCUGAGGAUGUUGGCAACCUUGUACCUCGCCUGUGCGACGCUGGAAGACAUUUGUUCAAGGCUAUGAUGGUGUACGACCCGUUGAAGCGUAUAUGUGCUGCCAGUGCAUUAGAGCAUCCCUACUUCACCCGGAUUCGAGAUGAGAGAAGAACAUCUUCUGGAGCCUGGGCAUGAAACAAGGCUGUCAUCGUCAUGCAAUCGCAAGGUCGUGAUAUGGUUUGAUUUACCACGUGUUGUAAAGUUGAGAUAAACCAUGGUGUGUCCAUGAGUUGAUUGUGCGCUUACUGUGUAAGGCAUUUUUGUUGAAAAACGAACGGGAUUGGUAUCGCUUUACCGUUGGAAUUUCGUGAGGUUCAUCGGGAAACGUCGGAAAUGAUUUUUUUUUCUUUGCGAACGAAAGCUUUUUUGGACCGAUGAAGUGAUGAGCGUCUUUCUCGUUGAUUUUGAUGAACGAUCUUCCGAAAAAGUCUUUUUCCGUACCCUUUGAUGCGCUUAAAGCUUCCAUAUCUUUUAUUUUUUGCUGAAAUUUCCCGAUUCGUUAUCGAGCUGCGUUGAUCUGAAGAAUUCGUUACAGUUGGCCGGUUUUUCCGACAAUUUUUGCGUGGUUGAUCGUUUUGAAGCGCGGGAAGUUCUUCAGCGUUGGGUGGGAGUUGCCCUUCGUGGACCAAUAUUCCGUCAAUUGCAGUUGAAACUGCAGGUGGCCUCUCAAUGGCAAUGCUUGGGCCUCAGAAAGAAAAAUAUUUCUAUAGGGAAUGUCGUUGUGUACGAGGUGCAUACACACAGUCACGCUGGUUGCCAGGAAGUUGACACGCUUUCGAAGAAGUGCCCGAAAAAUCAACUGUGCAGUGAAAUUUCAAGCUAUGUUCAGUUUUCCAUAUUAAUCUUCCCGACGACGAAGUUGUUCUGUGCAAGUUGGGUGUCAAAUUUCACAUUGAGUCACUCCAAGCUCCAUCUGUUUCUGGGUUCAAAAAAUUCUGUUUGAACGUGGUGGACCUAAUUUUUAAAAUUUUUCCGCGUGAAGCUAUUCAUCCUGAAGCAGCAAUGCCAGAU